AUGGCCACCGAAGCCCCCUCCUUCCGCCAACUCGUCGGCAUCCCCCCCUCCACCGCCUCCAUCCAAGACUCCACCCUCAUCAUCAUCGAUGCCCAAAACGAAUACGCCUCGGGCAAACUCGCCCUCCACAACAUCACCCCCAGCCGCAAAGUCAUCGCCGACCUACUCACCCGCUACCGUCGCAGCAGCCACCACGGCAAAAACAUCGUGCACGUCGUCCACGAGGUCCCCGCCGGCGCCCCGGUCUUCACGCCCGACACGCUGCUGGCCGCGGAAUUCGACGAAUUGAAGCCCGCGGCGGGCGAGAAGGUCGUGAAGAAGUCGUUUGCGAGCUGUUUCGCGCAGACCGAUCUGCACACGUAUCUGCAGGGGUUGGGUCCGGUCGGGAAGAAGAUUGUGCUGGUGGGGUAUAUGGCGCAUGUCUGUGUGUCGACGACGGCGAGAGCGGGCGAGGAGUUGCAGUAUGAGGUGAUUGUGGUGUCGGAUGGAGUUGCGGAUCGUCAUAUUCCGGGGGUGCAGGCGGAGUCGUUGGUGUCGGUGGUGUUGUCCGAGUUGGCGGAUGGGUUUGCGACGGUGUUGCGCGCGGCGGAGAUUACCGAGUGA